AUGUCUCUGAUUCUUCUUGUUCUCAUACCAGUCGCCGCCUUCAUUCUCUUCCUCAUCGUUCUUCUCUUCAUAUUCUUCUCAAUUCCGUCUCGUCGUGAUUUCCAUUUCUUCCGAAGACAUGCAAUUGUCACUGGUGGAUCUAAAGGAAUCGGUUUUCAGCUUGCUGUUGGACUUAUUGAACGUGGAUGUCACGUUACUAUUGUAGCCAGAAAUGUCAAAGAUUUGGAGAAAGCCUGCGCCGACCUCCAAGUGCUCGCCGAUCAACGUGGUCAACGUCAGAAAGUCCAUUGGAAAUCGAUCGAUAUGACGGGCGGUUAUGACGUAAUCAAGUCGGCUUUCGACGAUGCGGCCCGCGAACUCGGCCCAAUCGAUAUUUUAAUCAAUAACGCCGGUCACAGUGUUCAGGCUCCGUUUUGUGAGCUUCCGAUUACGGAUUUCGAGAAACAAAUGGCUGUGAACUAUCUGUCGGCGGUUCAUGCGACACGGGCGGUCGUUGACGAUAUGAAAACUCGGAAAACCGGUCAUAUUUCGUUUGUUUCGUCGGCCGCCGGCCAGUUUGCCAUUUUUGGAUACUCGGCGUACUCGCCGACGAAAUUCGCGCUACGUGGAUUCGCCGACACGUUGCACAUGGAGCUGCUACCGUAUAAGGUUAAUGUUGGGGUACUGUACCCGCCGAAUACCGAUACGGAAGGUUUUAAGGUCGAGCUGGAAACGAUGCCAGAGGAAACCAAAAAAAUGAGUGAAGCCGCCGGACUUUUCACGCCAAAAGAUGUCGCUGAAGCUCAUUUGAAGGAUAUUGCCGACGGAAAUUACGCGACUACAAUGGGACUUGACGGAUGGAUGCUCGGUGUGCUCACCGCCGGCGCUUGCCCAGAAAAAUCACUUUUUCGUGCUCUGACUCAAGGAGCACUGGCUGGAAUUUUCCGUUGUAUUACUCUGGUCUACCUUGGAUAUUUCAAUGGAAUCACCAAGAAAUGCUAUCGGAGGCGACUGGCUGAAGCUGAGGAGCAACGGGAAACGGAGCAGCAGAGGAAGAGGGAAUAAUUUUUUUUCUUGAUUUUUUUCAACUUGUUUCCCUCCUAAGAAAUUUCAGAUUUUUCGCGGAUUUUUCUGAUGAAUUUCGCACUUUUUCCGAAUUUUUUAAAAGAUUUUUCUGGAAAUUUUGGAAAGUUUUGGAUUUUUUUCGAUUUUUCUAAAAUUUUAAAAUUUUUCGGUUUUUUCAGUUUUUCUGAAUAUUUCCCGUUGAAUAUUUCCCCCAGAUUUUUUUCUCUAAAAAUUUCACUUUUUUCUGUUUUUUUUCUAAUUUUUCUUUUAUUCUUUCUAGCUUAAUUUAUUUUUAGAGUAAUUUUUUUUUGAAAUUUCAGAUUUUUUCCCGAAAUUUCUAAAAAUUUUGGAAUUUUUCCCGAGUUUUCUGAAAAUUGUGGAAUUUUCCUGAUUUUCUUGUUUCUUUUAAUGUUUUUCCCUCUUAUUAUCGAAUAUUCCUUUCAUUGUUAAUUUAAUAGGAAUUUCUGUGUGUUUUUUUUUUCAAAAAUUUAAUAAAACCCCAAAUUUUGGAA